UUCCUUUCCUUCGCAAAUGGAUGCUAGUACAAACACUGCAACAACAACAGAAGAAACGAUAACAACAACGGGGACUGGAGGGACAAUGAAAGUGUUUAGACGGGCUUCUUAUUUGGAGGAAUAUGCAAUGAACAGAGUUCGCCAAUUAGAAGAAGAACGACUUGCAAAGGAGGCCAUUUUUAAGGAUAAAAAUAAAAAAAUUAAAUGUUGUGGGAUUAAAUGUUGGAAGAAAUUGGGGUGUUUUUGUUGUUGUUUGGGGUGCUCUAGAAAGAAAAAGAAAUCUACAGGAAAUAAUAGCAACCCAACAACAGCUACCAGUAGUCUAUCUUGUAAUAACACAAACAGCAUUCCUUCCAAAAAUCAGAAUUCUUCAAAAACAUCAACUUGUUCAAUGCAAAAUAUAGAACAAUUAUCAACCUCUUUAAAUGGAAGAAAAAGAAAUUUAAAAAAUAAAUUAGAAAAAUAUGAAGGGACAAUAAAUAGUAAUAAACCUGUUGUUGUUAAGUUUACUUUGAGUAGAUCUGGUGGAGGUGGUUAUAGAAAUGAGGGAAUGAGAUGUUUUGAUAGAGACGAAACGAACAAUUUUGAAGGUAAAAAAUGUUUAGAAAAACAAUUAAACAUUAUUAAAACAUGUUUGUGUUUGUAA